AUGAAUAUUCCAGCUCUUCUUCAAGGCCUUGGUUGGAGUUCUUUGGUUGAAAAUAUGUGGUUCAGCUACUGUCAAGAAGCUGUUUGUAUGUUUUAUGUCAACAUCAAACGUGGUCCUGGUCCUGAUCCAGCCUUCUUCACGACUGUAGUUUUCAACUAUGAAAUCACAGUCACACAUGAGUUGUUGGCGACGACUCUUGAUCUUCCUCAUUCAGGACUUCGCGCUAGGAUAAAUAGUGAGUUCGGUGAGCUGGGUUUCGACUUUGAUGCUGCUCUGGAGUCCCAUACUCGUGAUAUAGCUCAAUUUUUUCCCUCUUGUCUUACUUCUGGUCGAUUACCUUAUGAUCUCAAGGCCCUCGUAAGCCUAUCACUGGCUCAGGGGGGAUCAUGGUUAGUCCUGCGUCACAACUCACAUGCUUCUGGAAGACUGGUUGAUGCCCUCGUAGAUGUUGUUGUUACGGUAAUCAAGCGAGAGUCAUCAAGUGGAAGGAAGCAGACUACUACUCUGGACUCACUUAGAAGAGAGGAUCUGAUGUGGCCUAAGUUUGUGUAUGAAUAUGGAGCAAUUAAUGACCCGAUUAGUUCUGAUUCAGAGUUUGGUGAUGUCGAUGGUAUCUCUGAGUAUGAGUCUCCACCAGAGUAUCCAUUAUAG